AUGGACCACCACCGUCCGCACCCCUUCUCCGCCUUCGAAGGCUACUACUCCAAAUUCGACCUCCCCUCCGGCGGCCAUCUCGCCCUCGUAGCCUGCAAAGUCCGCAAUGCCCGCUCAAAACCACACAUGCUCUCCUUCACUUACGUUCCACCCGGCUCGUCUUCAUCAGAAGUCUACCAGCGCGAAGUAUGGCCCGACUCCAUGACCUUCACUCCUCUUCCCGGCGACGAAGGUUUCCGCAUCGACAUUCCCUCCAUCGGCGUCAUCCACUGGACUGAGAAGUUCACACAAUACUACCUCGACCACUCGGACUUCUCUUUCCAUGCGACAGCUACGAAUCGCACGCCGUGGUGUCCCAGUCAAGCGAACAGCACACCAGAGUCAUGGCUCGUCUACCUGCCUUUGCCGCUGCAUUGGCACGUCCACUCUCUCGCUUCAACCGCCGAAUUUGAGCUCUCCAUCCCGUCUGACGUGCUGCCGGAGGAAGACAAGAAAGGCACAGCUCUUGUUCACGACGAGAAGAACUGGGCGAAAUCCUUCCCUUCCGCACAUAUCUGGGUCCAAGGCCGCUCAUCAGAUCAGACGAGCAUCUGUCUCGCUGGCGGCCAAAUUCUAGGAAUGGAAGCUUUCCUCCUCGGAUAUCGGUCACCCACCUUGAAUCUUUCCUUCAUCCCGCCGUUUGCACUACGCAUUUUCGGCUGGUCACCCUUCCUCUCAUACAUCCAGUCCUGGGACGAGAAGAAAUUCGACCUCACAGUGUCCAGUUGGCGGUAUAAAUUGGAAGUGCAAGCCACAGCCCCGAAAGGGACGUUCUUCAGUCUGAGUAGUCCAUUUCCGGAAGGCCAUCGGGAGAACUAUUUGGGCCAGAGUUUUGCCGCGACGAUACGGGUGAGGAUUUGGGAGAGAGGUUGGUUGGGACCUUUUGGUGGAGGUGAGUGGGCGAGGGUGAGGGAGGAGGUGUUUGAGGGUGGAAGUCUGGAGUUUGGAGGGGAGUUCUAUCCGCCGAGGGGGAGUGAGGUUCGGGAGCGUUGA